GAGUGACAGAGCUGAAGGGCUUCCUCUCACCCCGGCCGCCUGCUCAGUCCUUCACAGCUCGCUUCGCGGUGAACAAACAAGAUGGAUUUCUCCCAAUUACCCAAAAUCAGUGAUGAAGACCAUGAAUGUGCAUUUGGCUAUGUAUAUGGAGUCUCAGGACCUGUGGUCACUGCCAGUAACAUGGCCGGUGCAGCAAUGUAUGAACUGGUAAGAGUGAGCCAUAGUGAACUAGUUGGAGAGAUUAUUCGAUUGGAAGGUGAAAUGGCUACUAUCCAGGUGUAUGAAGAAACAUCUGGCGUAUCUGUUGGUGAUCCAGUACUCCGAACUGGUAAACCUCUCUCAGUGGAGCUUGGACCUGGCAUAAUGGGAUCCAUUUUUGAUGGAAUUCAGAGGCCCUUAAAAGACAUCAGCACACAAACUCAAAGCAUCUACAUUCCUAGAGGAGUCAAUAUAUCUGCUCUUAGUAAAGAUAUCAAAUGGGAUUUCACACCUUCUAAAAACUUUCGGGUUGGCAGUCAUAUCACUGGGGGUGAUAUUUAUGGAGUAGUACAUGAAAAUUCCCUCAUCGACCACAAAAUCAUGUUGCCACCACGCAGCCGAGGUACAGUGUCAUACAUUGCUCCACCUGGCAACUAUGAUACCUCGGAUGUUGUCUUGGAGCUUGAAUUUGAGGGAGUAAAAGAAAAGUUCACCAUGGUCCAAGUGUGGCCAGUCCGUCAAGUGCGUCCUGUCACUGAAAAGCUGCCAGCCAAUCACCCUCUAUUAACUGGCCAGAGAGUCCUUGAUGCACUUUUCCCAUGUGUACAAGGAGGAACUACUGCUAUCCCUGGCGCUUUUGGCUGUGGAAAAACUGUGAUAUCCCAGUCUUUAUCUAAGUAUUCCAACAGUGAUGUGAUCAUCUAUGUGGGUUGUGGAGAAAGAGGAAAUGAAAUGUCUGAAGUACUCAGAGACUUCCCAGAGUUAACAAUGGAAGUUGAUGGGAGGGUGGAGUCUAUAAUGAAGAGAACCGCUUUGGUGGCCAAUACUUCCAACAUGCCUGUGGCUGCUAGAGAAGCUUCUAUUUACACUGGAAUUACUCUGUUUGAAUAUUUCCGUGACAUGGGCUAUAAUGUCAGUAUGAUGGCUGACUCUACCUUUCGUUGGGCUGAAGCCCUUAGAGAAAUCUCAGGGCGCUUAGCUGAAAUGCCUGCUGAUAGUGGUUAUCCUGCAUAUCUUGGUGCUCGUUUGGCUUCUUUCUAUGAAAGAGCGGGCCGAGUAAAAUGUCUUGGAAAUCCAGAAAGGGAAGGGAGUGUCAGCAUUGUAGGAGCUGUUUCUCCGCCUGGUGGUGACUUCUCUGACCCUGUUACAUCUGCCACUCUUGGUAUUGUUCAGGUGUUCUGGGGCUUAGAUAAGAAAUUAGCUCAGCGUAAGCACUUCCCUUCAGUAAACUGGCUGAUCAGCUAUAGCAAGUAUACACGCGCCUUGGAUGAGUACUAUGACAAGCACUUUGCUGAAUUUGUUCCUCUGAGGACCAAGGCCAAGGAGAUCCUGCAGGAAGAAGAGGAUUUGGCAGAAAUUGUACAGCUCGUGGGGAAGGCUUCUUUAGCAGAAGGGGAUAAAAUUACUCUGGAGGUAGCAAAACUUCUCAAAGAUGAUUUCCUGCAGCAAAAUGGAUAUUCGUCUUAUGACAGGUUCUGCCCAUUCUACAAGACUGUAGGCAUACUCUCUAACAUGAUCGCUUUUUAUGAUUUGGCACGAAGAGCUAUUGAAACGACUGCCCAGAGUGAUAAUAAAAUCACUUGGGCUAUUAUCCGAGAAAAUAUGGGGGAAAUUCUCUACAGACUUACCUCCAUGAAAUUCAAGGACCCAGUGAAAGAGGGUGAAGCCAAAAUCAAGAGUGAAUAUGCUCAACUUUUUGAAGAUAUGCAGAAUGCAUUCCGAAGUCUGGAAGAUUAGAACUGUGAUUACCUUCCUCUCCUUCAGCCAGCUCAUGUCUUCUUUUCUCUUAAAUUCCACAUUUCUUUCCCUUUGCUUCCUCACUGUGUAUUGAGACCAGGACAUUUGUGUGGGUGUGUGUGUGUGUGUGUUGUGUGUGUGAUCACUUGUUUUCCUGUUCAUAUUUGGUAGGUCUUUACAUAAAGUGAACAUUCCGUGGUUUCAGUG